GAAACCUCAUAAGAACAAUAUAUAUAUAUAUAUAACACAUCUAUUUCUUCUUCCUCUCUCUCUCUCUCUCUCUCUCUCAUUUCAUUUUUAAAAAAAUUUCUAGUUUCUUCUGAAAAAGCUUUGUUAUUUUUAAUUUUCAAACAUGUCAAGCUGCAUCUCUAGCGCUCAAGAACAACUCUGUUAUAUCCCCUGCAAUUUUUGCAAUAUAGUUCUAGCGGUGAGUGUUCCAUGCAGCAAUCUCUUUGACAUCGUGACCGUCCGAUGUGGUCACUGCAGCAAUCUCUGGUCUGUGAAUAUGGCUGCUGCUUUUCAAUCUCUCUCAUGGCAAAAUUCUCAGGCAUCAAACCAUAGCCACAGUGGCAGUGGAGGUGAUCACUAUAGAGUUGAAUUGGGAUCAUCAUCGAAAGCCAACAAUAAGAUGAAAAUGAGAGCUCCAAUUAAAAACCCUACAAAUGAUCAUGAUCAAAGGCUCAUUAACCGACCUCCCGAGAAGAGGCAGAGAGUACCUUCUGCAUAUAAUCAGUUUAUAAAAGAGGAAAUCCAAAGGAUCAAAGCAACUAAUCCAGAUAUUACCCACAGGGAAGCCUUCAGUACUGCUGCUAAAAAUUGGGCACAUUUCCCACAUAUUCAUUUUGGCCUCAUGCUGGAUACCAACAAUCUGCAGAGUAAGAAUGAUGGAUCUGAGAAGCAUCUGAUGUCAGUGUCAGGACUGCACUAUUGAUUGAUUGAAGAAAUGAUAUGAUCAUAAUUGGGUAUUAGUUCUAUAUUGAAAAGGAAAUAUUAUGAUCUCUAAACCCAAAAAAAAAAAAAAAAAGAAGAAGAAGAAAGAAAAAAACUCUUCUAAAUUACUUGAAAAUUGGGUAUUUUCAAGGAGUGAACAAAUUAACAGCCAUGCAUAUGUUUCUUUGUUUCCUUUCUAUGUUUAUUUGCAAUUUAGUUGAUUGAUUGUGAACUAUAAUUUGUAUUUCCUUUUUAUAAGAUUUUAUUAUGUAUGCAUCUCCAACUUCAAUGGAAAAAGUAAGUUUAAUCAAUACAAUAUGAUCCUUUCGAUCGGUUA